UCAAAGUUUUUCAAACCUUGUGUUUCUUCCUCCCUCGCCUAACCAAACCACUCUGUGACUGCAUUCCAAAUAGAUUCUUCUUUCGUGGACGCUCUCUCAUUCUUUUCUCCCCGGGCCUCAGAGUCAAUCUUAUUCUUUCUUUCCACCAACUUCAUCCUCUCCCUCUCUCUCUCUCUCUCUGAUGGAGAAGCAACAGAGUCAAUGGAAGGAGAGGCAAGUCGUUGGCAGAAUAUUGGAGAAAAACGCCGAUAGGUCUCCACCGGAAGAGGUCAAACUAGCCGCUCUAGCAAUCACUCUGAACAUACGCUUGAGAUCAGCCGACAUGCCAGUCACUAUGCAAGAACGUGCCUUGCGCUACACGCGAUCACUCGCCGUCGCCGAUCACAACCUGAACCACCACCGCCCCAACCCCACCGUCCUCGCUCGCGCCCUCAAAAAGGAGUUUGACUCGGUGUAUGGGCCGGCAUGGCACUGUGUGGUGGGAAAGAGUUUCGGGUCGUUUGUGACGCACUCACCAGGUGGGUUUGUUUAUUUCUCUCUGGACUCAUUGUCUUUUCUUCUCUUCAAGACGGAGGUCCACCUGCUUUGAUUACGGAACCACCCAUGGAGUUGGUUGGCCUUUUCAUGACAUAAAUGCCCGUUUUCGAGCUAGGUUUAUCCACUUUUUCUUAUGCCUCAAAAAGAUAUAAUAGCAUUGUAGACCUGAAAGUAAUCUGAUUUAUACUAGAAUUAAAUUUUUAAAAAAAUUCAUAGCGAG